AGCCCCUGCUUCGCCUUCCACUGCCGUCACCCUAAGCGACCUUGAACACAGUCUAAGCGGUCCACCAGGCUGCCGUGUGGCAUAGAUAUCCCUUAAAAACCUCCCUGGCCCCGAAUUCCCCCUCUGCAUACGAUAUCUCUCACCGCCAAUCACCCAGCGCGCUCGGCGAUACUGCGUUCACAUCUGGCCACCGCCGGUCCCAAUCCCAACGAGCCUUGAACCGAGACGGAUAGUCGAUAACGCGUCCCAAGCAUGUCCCCACGACAGCGAAAAACCGCGAACGGCGGGCCCAGCCUGAGUCCCAGCCGAAGCGUCGAAUCUGACUCCGACAGGGCAGACGAGGUCCGGAGCGUCAUCGCGAGUGCGUUGCAGCCCUCGUUAGAAGAGCGCGACGUCGUGAAGGUGAACAAUGCGAGCGUGACGGAGAUGAAGCAUGCGUGCGAUGAUGCGCUGAAAAGGUUCCUCUCACGACCAGAACUCUUCAAGCAAAUAUAUACCCACACGGACAUCCGGCUAGCCCUCGGGUGGGCAAGCGUCUUCGUUGCAGCGGGCACUGCGCUGUACGGCUACCGAGUUGAAUUUGAAAAGAGCAAGCCCGGCGUGUGGGCAGGUCUCAUCCUAUAUAUCCUAUUGACAACCAUCCAAACAUUGUAUGCAUACCUCAUCGAGGGGGACAUCGUCUUCGUCGGUAAACGGAAAACAUUCGCCAAGCGGAUUGUCACCGAGCGGAUAACGCUCAGUUCCACGAGCACGCCCUCGACGUCCAAGUCUCCACCAGCACAUGCGCUCUCUGUAUCGUACGUCCGCUCCACGUCCGGAGGCAAGUCGCUUCUCGGCCGGGGGCGCGAAAAGGCCGAGCGGGGAUACAACACGUUCUUUGACGAGAAUGGCGUGAUGGACCAGGAAGGGUUCGAGCGGUGGGUCGCGGAGCUUGUCGGGCGCGUGAUGGAGGAGAAGGGCGAGUGACUGCAGGUCCAGUGAUGCGCGGGUGGCCCACCUUGGAUUGUGGCUAUAUGCUGUCGGUUUUGUAUGGUACGUGUAUGGGUCUAUAGUGUAGCUAAUCUACGGAAG